AUGAGACGUAAAUUCGAGCAACCUACAUUGCGAGGAAGUGACCGAUUCUUCUCAGGCAAUGCAGGUGAACGAGGAAAUGUGAUGGGAAGAGGCCGUUCUAGAAACUUUACAAGAGGAGGAGGUGAAGCAGGAAAAGUGGCGGAAAGAAAUCGCUCUGGAAACUUCCCAUCGAGAGGGCAAGGAUUCAUAGUAGAAAGAGGCCGUAACUUGAACACAGUAGAAGAGAUAAGAAUAGGAGGAAGAGGAGGCACGGGCAUAAUCGAAAGAGGACAUAAUGAAAAUCUACCAGCAAGAGCGGAAGAAACUGUGCCUGGAAACAGUUCCGGAAACUUAAUAGAGGGAGAAGGUGAAGAAUCAGGAAGAAGAGGAAAAACAGGACUUGAGGACAGAGGAACUAUUGAAGACAUCCCAGUUACAGGAAAAGGUGCUGAUGACAGAAGUCGUCCCGGCAAUUUCCUAGAAAGAGCAGGCGGAGCUGUAGAUGGAAAAGAAAACUCAAGGAAGCCAUUAGAAUUAGAAAGAGGAGCAAACAGAAGAGAAGGAGAAAGUUUGGUAGGAAGAGAACGUAGCGGAAAAUUCCCAUUAAGAAUAGGAGAAAGUUUAGCUGAAAAAGAUCCUUCCAAAAACUCCGCAAAAGAAGGAUUAGAAAUGAAAAGCGAAACAGGUAAUAUCGUAGAAAGAGGCCAUUCCGGGAACUUCCCAGGAGGGACAGAUAUUGUGGCAGAGAGAAAUCGUUUUGAAAGUUUAGUAAGAGAACAGAGGGUAGGAAUUGAGAGGAACCGCCCCGGAAGCAUCAUAGAAGGAGGAAGAGGAGGAAGCGCAGCUGGGAAUGAUCGAUCCGAAAAUCCAGUAGGAGAACGAGGAGCAGGAAUGGAGAGAAGCCGUCUUGAAAAUAUUUCAGGAAGAGAAGCGAGUGUGGCGGAAGCACACCACAUUGAAAACUUUGCAGAUGUUGAGAGAUCAAAAGAAAGUGCAGUCGAAAGUCAGUUUGGAAACUCAGCAGGAGGGGAAAGACUGGGAAAAACAGGAGCAAAAGGCACUAUUGAAAACGCAGCUGGAAGGAGCGAAGGAAAAGCUGUC